AUGACAAUUGUUCACAUAGUCCUAUUCAAAUUCCGCGCUGAUGUCGGCGACAAAAUCAAACAAGAGUUCCUCUCACAGAUCAAAACACUCAAAUCUCUGUCCUCUGUCAAAGACCAGAGACUCAUUGUGGGUGGGCCAUCAAUUACAUUUCCAGUGGAAAAAAGUAAAGGAUUUCAUUAUUCCUUGGUCAGCUACCACCAAGACCGAGCGGCUUUGGAUGCAUACCAUGCAAGCAGUGAGCAUGAAAGAGUAACGAGUAAAUUCUUUAUUCCGUACAAGGAAGAUCUUGUCCGCUUUGACUUUGAGGUGGACCAGGCAGAUGAGUCAUUACUGGGCUUUUAG